CAGAAUGAAAAGAUACAAAGAUGAUAACUAUGACCAUAUCUAUCGACAUAUAGGACCUGUCCUUCAUUAGCUGGAAAUUUCCUUCAUCCCUUUUCUAGAAAGAAUGAACUGGCAGUCCGUGUACCCAAAUGCCCCUUCUCGAAUGUCCAUGUCAUCAUUUUUUUUAACCUAAAACUUCAUCACAAAGAAAACAAAACCCUAUAAGUAUCUAAACAUAGAUUAAAAUUAUCGACAAUAUCAUCAUCCUCAAUUCUCCAAGUCCCAACACAUCAAACAGAGUCGAGACAAAAAAACCAGUAUCUUCCCACUCAUUUCAUCAACCAUGACAGGCACACCUGAAGAAAACCAACCUCAUCAACCACCUCCAUCGUCACCACGCAAACCUGAUCAAUCAGAAGAAUCUCACCAAAUUCCAAUCACAGGAGAAUCAGCAUCUACACCGACUGAUGAAGAUACCGAGAAGUGGGGGACCCAUAUCAUGGGCACACCGGCUGUCCCCACCAUCCACCCAGACAACCAGAAGGCAGCCUUGUGGGGGGCGGAGGACCACCAGCGCUCCUUCCACCACCACCAGCCUUACCUCCAGCACUCCCCUAUUGACAAGUCCAACACCAACCCUCUUGAACCCGUCAUUCACAUGUUCAAUUCCUGGAGCAGCAAGGCUGAGACUGUUGCCCGCAACAUCUGGCACAACUUGAAAACAGGACCAUCAGUGCCAGGAGCUGCAUGGGGGAAGCUUAAUCUGACAGCAAAAGCAAUAACAGAGGGUGGAUAUGAGUCUCUUUUUAAGCAGAUUUUCGCUACAGAAUCGAGUGAGAAGCUGAAGAAGACAUUUGCCUGUUACCUUUCCACCACAACUGGCCCUGUCGCUGGAACCCUCUACUUGUCUACAGCUCAUGUGGCUUUCUGCAGCGAUCGUCCAUUGUCCUUUCCUGCUCCAUCUGGGCAGGAGUCUUGGAGCUACUACAAGAUUAUGAUUCCGUUAACAAAAAUAGGGUCGGUGAACCCAGUGACCAUGAGAGAAAAGCCAUUGGGGAAAUACAUUCAUAUUGUUACCGUCGACGGUCAUGACUUCUGGUUCAUGGGUUUUGUCAAUUUUGAGAAAGCGUCGCAUCAUCUCACAACCAGCGUUUCAGAUUACAGAGCAGUAGGACCUGCAGUGGAAGAACCAACCAGCGUUUCAGAUUACAGAGCAGCAGGACCUGAAGUGGCAGAACCAGUUUCUAGCAAGCAGAUAUGAGCAGUGGCAGAACAAGUUGCUAGCAAGCAGAUAUGAGCAGUUGACUUUUGAGUUUAGGAUAUGAGUUUUUAUGCAUUGGUUUGUAAUUUAUGUAAUAAAUUUACAAAGUUAUACAAUUUAUGUUCGUGUAUUUGAUUGUUGGUUUGUUAGUUCACAAUCCAUGUAUACAUUUAUACCUAUUUGUAUAUUAUAUUGAUUGAAAGUUUUGGA